CCUACAUGCCCACCCAUUGUCUAUCCAUCCACCUCUCCUAUUUUCAUUUUUUAUUUUUUCCCCACACGCAUGAGAGAUUUUUUUGCGAGCCAAGUUCUGGAAUCUCUCUCUGUUUUCUAGGGCUCUGUUCUUGUUUUCUGUGUUUUUGGAUUUCUGGGUUUUGUCAAGGAUCCUCAAAGUGAUCAAGAUUUUUCCCCGGGAACUGAUAAUUUGGAGUUUGAAUCCUUUCUUACAGUUCUGUCAGAUUCGCUACCUUUUCUGGGAAUCUGGAGCAGACAUUUCCCCCUUUUUUUCCUGCUGCUUUCCUUACUAAACCCACAUCUGUUUAUGGAAAUCAAACCCAAAAUGAGAAAUACUCUAAAAGCAAGGGAAGCUCCUUUCGCCAGUACAUAAAACAGUUUGAGCAGAAAAUCAGAUUUGGGUCAGAUUAGUAGAGGAUUGAUUCCAUUGAAGAUGGGUUAUAUGUGUGAUUUCUGCGGUGAACAAAGAUCUAUGGUGUAUUGCCGAUCUGACGCAGCGUGUCUGUGCCUCUCUUGUGACCGAAAUGUUCACUCCGCUAAUGCGUUAUCCAAACGUCACUCCCGAACGCUCGUGUGUGAGAGGUGCCAUUCACAGCCUGCAUCAGUCAGAUGUGAGGAAGAGAGGGUUUCUCUCUGUCAAAACUGCGAGUGGUUAGGCCACGGAACCUCAAAUCCUUCCUCUGCUCAUCAUAAAAGGCAAACCAUCAACUGCUAUUCGGGUUGCCCUUCGAGUUCAGAGCUUGCCUCUAUCUGGUCCUUUGUCUCGGAUAACUCUUCAGUUGGCCAGUCAGCAUGUGAGCAAGAAAUGGGUUUGAUGAGUAUAGCCGAUGGCCUGAGAGAAAACUCCAUUGCCCAAGAUGGUAAUGUGGAUCAACCAGAUGGCUCCUCGUCAGUUCCCGAGACGAGUUCUGCAGCACAUCGUAUGGAUCCGCCGCCCAGUUUACCAGGAAGUUCAAGAUUGGCGAAGGGUCUUGGAGUAUGUGAUGACGACUUCUACGGGAAUCUUAUAGAGGAUGAAGUUGAUUUGGCUCUUGAGAACUACGAAGAACUCUUUGGUGUAGCCUUCAAUGCUUCGGAAGAGUUCUUUGAAAAUGGUGGACUCGACAGUCUGUUUGAGAAGCCUUCUGCUGCUCCCGAGGGCUCAUCUGCUGGUUUGGGCAACACAAUGCAGCCGGCUGGAAGCAAUGCUGCAUCCGCAGAUUCUUUCAUGAGUGCUAAAACCGAUUCGAUAAUCUGCUUCACAUCAAGGCCAGCUCAUUCAAACAUCUCUUUCUCCGGCAUCACUGGAGAAAGUAGUGCUGGGGAUUAUCAAGAUUGCGGGGUUUCAUCUGUUCGUCUCUCGGGAGAGCCACCAUGGUGUCCUCCGUCAUCACAGGACAAUGCUUCCUCACAAGCAGCAAGCCGUAGCAACGCAGUUAUGCGUUACAAGGAGAAGAAAAAAUCCCGGAAGUUUGAUAAGAGAGUGAGGUAUGCCUCUCGCAAGGCGAGAGCUGAUGUGAGAAGACGGGUGAAAGGGCGGUUUGUCAAAGCGGGCGAUGCUUAUGACUACGACCCGCUCAGCCAAACCAGAAGCUACUGAGACCUGACCCUUUCCAGGGUUUAAAAAACAGAAGGAACCAUUGGUGACAGAAUUUGGAAGUUCCAAUGCUGGGGUCUGAAAGUUCUGAAUUUGGAAGCUGCCUCAAAGAAAAAACACACAGAAACGAAACAAAGUGGGCAACUUUGGCAUUGAAGAGAGGUCAAGUUCUUGAUUCUCUUAGCCAUCAUUCAUUAUUUACACGCACCAGUUUUGGCCUCAAAAGCUUCACACUUUCAUCAAGAGAGAUGCAGUGGUCUGUCUCUUUUACAUCACAAAAACAUUUAUGUUUAUUUCUUUGGAUGGUCUUUCUGCAGAGAGAAAAGGCUUUCCAUUUGUAGUAUGUAUUGGAAACAUUUGCAUAAGGGGAGACCAAGAAAAACCCGCCCAUGAGUUUUGUACCCUCCUUGCGCACACACAUAAGCAGAUGCUUAAACAAUCUGCUUGUAUGUAUGUAUGUAUGUAUGUAUGUCCAUAUGACUGUCUUUCACUCCACGGUGAGAUUGUAAAUUAAUGAAGGAAUACAACUCUGCUUUUUUUUAUCA